AUGAUGCGGAAGAGCGAGAAUAUGCCCCGUCAGAUGCCUCCUCCGAGUACACUGCCCGGCCUAGUUCGGAUGACGAAAAUGACAUCGAUUCACCGCCAGACUACGACCUACCCGCGGAGCAACCACCCCAAUCCAAACCAGAAAAACGUUCUCUCAGCACCACCUCCCCCCGCCCUGUCAAACGCGGCAAACCACCACCCCCCUUCCGCCCUCGCCUACCUCGACCUCCUGAACGAAGACAUCGUCUCCACCUCCACCAAAUUCCUCCCACCACCCCCCUCCUUCCCCCCCCUAUCCGACUCCCAACACGGCCUCGCAUACUGGACCGAAACCGAAAAGAUCCUCCUCUUCGAAUCCCUCUCCCGCCUCGGCCCCUCCAACCCCCUCGCCAUAUCCCAACGCCUCAAAACAAAAUCCGAACUCGAAGUCUCAGCCUACAUCUCCCUCCUCAAAUCUUCGGCCGGUGGUUCAGACCCAAUCCCCGUAUCCGACAUCCCUUCCGCAGUAGAACUCUCCCCAGCCCUCUGCCUAGCCCUCGAAGACGCCUCCGACGCUGUAGCAACAAAACAACUCACCCACGAACGAACCCUCGAAUCUAACAAAUGGGGCCCAGCACACUGGCUCAUCACCCCCCAAAACAUCGAAGAGAUCGAACGUGAUCCCGACCCCAAAAUGCUCUUCCACCCCCUUUUUCGUCUGCGGACUUGGCUUAAGCUCUCGGAGCGGGUGUUUAUGAACUCGAGGGUGGAAGACUAUAACUACCGCACUUUUCUGCCGGAGAAGGGACAAAAACCGGGGAUUCGUGCUACUGCGCUCGAGGAUUUUUAUUCGUUGGUCGUCUCCCUCACGCGAAGAUUGGUGGCGACGUCUAUUUUCAUGGCAGAGGAGAGGAUAGACCAAAAGAGGAAGAGUGCUUAUCCCGAGAUUAGCAGGCGGGUUUGGAAAGGGGAUGUGAAGGCUGCGCUGCUGGCGGUGAAUAUGCCUAGUCCUGCCAGGAGGGAAAGGGAGAAGUUUUGGGGAGAGGCUGCGAGGAGGCUGAGGUUGAAUGUUGUGGACGAUAGUGCCCAGGACGAGAAGGUGAGGAUGGGGUGGGAUCAGGUGGAGGAGGUGUUGGGGGUUCGGACGACGGGUGGU